CAGAGGGAUAGGCUACGUCAUUACACAUGUAGAGAAAUGUGUAAAGAAAAAUACUGAAACUUCUGCAAGAAGAACUUGGGGGUGAAGGAAUAACGUUGCAGACUCGUAUUAUUACUAAAUGAAGAGGAUUUAUCACCACCACUUGAAGAAAUGUAUAACUAUGUAAUUAUAUAAAAGAAGCUUGGAUGAAGUCGAGUAACUGUCGCGCGCCGCUGGAAAGGAUCUCUGAAAUCGGCUCUAGACUAGAGCAUCUGACGCUGGUCCAUCACUUUCAACUCAGCUGUAAAAGGUGGGAUAUCUGUCGAUCUCACUCUAAACAGGACUUUUAAUACGCCUCUUUACCGAUCUCUGCUGGACAUUUGUGGAAUAACAUCUUGACAACCAGAGACGAUGAACAAGCAGAUAUAUAUCCACUAUAACUACACAGGGAAGCUGGAAAACCGUCAGAAUGGAACGAUCACAGGUGGUGGCGUCACCUUGGAUGCUAAAACCAUCGUGUUCCUCAUCAUCUGUUGCUUCAUAAUCCUGGAGAACCUGAUUGUUCUAGUAGCAAUAUGGAAAAACCAUAAGUUCCACAACCGCAUGUACUUCUUCAUCGCCAACCUGGCGUUGUGUGACCUUCUGGCUGGGGUGGCCUAUAUCGUCAACCUCCUCAUGUCAGGGGAGAAGACCCUUCACCUGUCCCCAGUGUUGUGGUUUGUAAGGGAAGGGAGCAUGUUUGUAGCCCUGGGGGCUUCCACAUUCAGUCUCCUGGCUAUAGCUAUAGAGAGACAUCUGACCAUGAUUAAAAUGAGGCCCUACGACGCCAAUAAGAAUUACAGGGUGUUCUUGCUCAUAGGGACCUGCUGGCUCAUAGCGAUAUCCCUGGGAGCAUUGCCCAUCCUGGGGUGGAACUGCUUGGACAACCUCCCUGACUGCUCCACAGUCCUACCGCUCUAUACCAAGAAGUACGUGGCAUUCUGCAUCAUCAUCUUCAUGGCCUUGCUGCUGGCCAUGUCCGUCCUGUACAUACGCAUCUACAUGUUGGUGAGGACCAGCAGUCGGAAGGUGACGAAACAUUCCAACUCAGAGCACUCCAUGACCCUCCUCCGUACUGUCAUCAUCGUGGUCGGCGUCUUCAUUGCAUGCUGGAUGCCCAUCUUCGUCCUCCUCCUCAUCGAUGUGGCCUGCGAGCACCGCUGCUGUCCCAUUCUCUACAAGGCCGACUACUUCAUAGCCCUGGCCGUGCUCAACUCUGCCAUGAACCCUGUUAUCUACACCUUGGCCAGCAGGGAGAUGAGGAGAGCCUUCUUUAGCUUGGUCUGUGGCUGUCUGAUGAAGGGGAAUGUCUCCAGCAGCGGUGAGCCAAAUAAGCCCAAUAACCUGGAGCACAGCAGGAGUACAGCAGGAGCACAGCAGGAGCACAGCCCAUAAUAAUCCUAACAACCACAGCAGGAGUACAGCAGGAGCACAGCCCCUAAUAAUCCUAACAACCACAGCAGGGCAGAUGAGCAGCAGAAGGACAUGGACAGUAGUCUGAAUAUUAUAGUGGCACAGACCUUAAUAAAGAGUCCAACAUCAUUGUGCGCCAAUGUGGCCAAUGGGUUGAGGUUUUCUGCUGGGCCCUGAACCUCCAUAUCUGAAUCCUUCUGAGUGAACACAAGAGACUAUGAAGUGUGGCAACGCGAGACAUUGUAGCCCUAUGCUGUGCAUAGGAUGGAGAGACAUUGAAGGCCUAUAAUGUAACUAUACUGAAAAAAUAUAUAAACGCAGCAUGUAUAGUGUUGUCCCCAUGUUUCAUGAGCUGAAAUAAGAGGCCCAAAAUUUUCCAUGUGCACAAAAAGCUUAUUUCUCUUCAAUUUUGCACACCAAUGUGUUUACAUCCCUGUUAGUGAACAUUUAUCCUUUGCCAAGAUAAUCCAUCCACCUGACAGGUGUGGCAUAUCAAGAAGCUGAUUAAACGGCAUGAUCAUUACACAGGUGCACCUUGUGCUGGGGACACUAAAAGGCCACUCUAAAAUGUGCAGUUUUGUCACACAACACAAUGCCACAGAUGUCUCAACUUUUGAGGGUAGUGUGCAAUUGGCAUGGUGACUGCAGGAAUGUCCACCAGAGUUGUUGCCAGACAAUUUAAUGUUAAUUUCUCUACCAUAAGCCGCCUCCAACGUCAUCAUAGAGAAUAUGGCAGUAUGUAUGAUGCGUUUCUAUUUUUAUUCAGUAUAUUUAGCCAAAUUACUUCAUAACCACAAACAAGCACUUGGCUCUCCCUCUCUGUGAGGGUAGAGGGUCCAGAAACUGUCCAGACCAGAUAAAGACUGUGCCAUCGAGAUAUAGGGCGAGAUUAAAUUUGGCACCUUUUAAAGGUAAAGUUUUCUGCAUUCACAGAGACUGCAUUCAUGGUAAACGUUGCAUAGGUUUAAUUACCUUUAAAUGUCAAAUCGCUCUAUAACGCAGAUAUUCCGCGGUCCGAAUUGAAUCUAGGCCAUAAACUACAGUGUAGACUGCCACUAUACUGUAGGCCCUGUAAAGCACGGUGGGCUGGGAUGGUCAACAGAUGGCUAUUUUACAUGAAUUGUAAAUGUAACUCUUGAAAAAAGCUAUUUAUUAUUUUUUAGUUUGUCCUACUUUGACAUAUGUGUACAGUUUUUCUAAAUACUGUUACUCUACAUUAUAAACUGUGUGGUUCGAGCUCUGAAUGCUGAUUGGCCCGACAGCCGUAGUAUAUCAGACCGUAUACCACGGGUAUGACAAACGUUUAUUUUUACUGCUCUAAUUAAGUUGGUAACCAGUUUAUAAUAGCAAUAAGGCACCUUGGGAGUUUGUGGUAUAUGGUCAAUAUACCACGACUAAGGGCUGUGUCCAGGCACUCAUCGUGCCUAAGAACAGCCCUUAGCUGUGGUAUAUUGACCGUAUACCACACCCCCUCGGGCCUUAUUGCUUAAUUAUACAAUGGUAGCAUGCUAUUUGUUUUAUUGUGUAAAACGAUUGUAUUUAACCAGAUGAUUUGCUCAACAUUAUGCUACUACCUGUACUGUAGCAUCAUUUAACUGUUAACUGUUAUGAGCUCAUGGAAGCUUCCCUGUAGCAGUGCUAAACCCGGUUGAAGUGAAGCUUCCCUAUUAGCAGUGCUAAACCCGGUUGAAGUGAAGCUUCCCUGUAGUAGUGCUAAACCAGGUUGAAGUGAAGCUUCCCUGUAGCAGUGCUAAACCAGGUUGAAGUGAAGCUUCCCUGUAGCAGUGCUAAACCCGGUUGAAGUGAAGCUUCCCUGUAGCAGUGCUAAACCAGGUUAAAGUGAAGCUUCCCUGUAGCAGUGCUAAACCAGGUUGAAGUGAAGCUUCCCUGUAGCAGUGCUAAACCCGGUUGAAGUGAAGCUUCCCUGUAGCAGUGCUAAACCCGGUUGAAGUGUUGACUGGAGGUUGCAGGGCACCACCCUCUGCUGCUAUGUACUAAAGCAGUGGUCAAAAAGGAAAAGGCAACCGCUCAGAUUUUUUAUUUACAUGACUUAAAAAAUGUAAGCCUAUGCAACAUUAACCAAUUAAAAACAGUACUGUAGUAAUGAGGUUUGUGCAGUAAGCUAUAGUCCCAAUACACUAUCACUGUAUAUUGGCUAGGCUUGAAUUGCCCUGCCAAUGUUGUUUUUCAACAGAACAUUCUAAAAUUAUAUUUAAACGUUUUAGGUAUAUGAUCAGACUGGUAAUAGAUAAUUUGAUGUAUUACUUGUGAAGCACAGCUGAGUGACAUAAUAAUUAUAUAUACUUUUUUUACUGUA